GGCACCAACGCGCCCUGCUCUUUUUGGUCAUGCAUUACGCAUGUGGCGCGGGCGCAGAGGCGAAGUUCUUAAAUGAAGAGAGUGAAAGCAACUUCCGACAAUUUGCUAUUCUGUCAGUGAGGGAGGGCAGAGACAAAGAGACAGAGUCGACUUAUCGAUCAGCCCAGCCUAGACCCGAGAGAGCCCAUUAAAGCAUCAGAGGAGAAGCAACGUGAGUGGAAUGGAGCUGGGUGUUCUACUGUGGAUGGUUCUGACCUUAAUGGGAAGCACAACGGCACAGCACGACCAGUACAGCGGGGCCGUGGAUUGGUUGAGCAGGUAUGGUUACCUCCCUCGUCCCGACCCACGCACAAGUAAGCUGUUGACCAAAGAAGGGAUUGAGAAUGCUAUUCGCGUCAUGCAAAGAUUCGGCGGGGUCCAGGAAACCGGAGUGCUCGACAGUGCAACCCUUAAACUCAUGUCCACACCACGGUGCUCUCUUCCUGAUAUUAUUGGGAGUGAGGACAUGAUGAAGAGGAGGAGAAGGAGAAAAAGAUAUGCUCUGUCAGGCCUUAAGUGGCAUAAGACAGAUCUCACAUGGAGUGUCCACAGCUACCCAUCACCCUCCACCUCACCCGGUCUGCAUAAUAAUUUAGUGGACAACAUCCUUACUUACGCCUUUAAAGCCUGGAGCAACGCAGCCCCCUUAAGAUUCAAUCAGGUGGCGAGGGGCAGCAGGGCUGAAGGGGACAUCAGGGUGUCCUUUUCCCAGUUGCUGCAUAAUGAUGGAUACCCUUUUGAUGGGCGUGGUGGCACUCUGGCCCAUGCCUUCUUCCCCUUCACGGGUGAUUUGGCGGGUGACACACACUUUGAUGACGAUGAAGUCUGGAGCUAUGGAGGUGGCAGCAGCAGCACUGACCUCUUCACAGUUGCAGUGCAUGAGUUUGGCCAUGCGCUGGGUCUGUCCCAUUCCUCCUCUGAUCCAUCCAUCAUGAGGCCGUACUACCAGGGUCCUGUGGGAGAUAUUAUCAACUUCGAGUUGGCCCUGGACGACAGGCUGGCCAUCCAGCAGCUUUAUGGUGUGAAGGAUGACAACCAAUGA